CAGAGCAAUAUUGCCCUUUUCAAGCCAACAAAUCAGUCAACUGAAUACAGUGAUUCGCUUUCGAAAUCCUACCCUGCUAGCAAUGCAGUGGAUGGAAAUAGGGGCACAUACAUCGGAAAAUGUACACACACUCGAAAAGAAAACAGUCCUUGGUGGAGAGUAGACCUGGGGCGAGUAGAGCCUGUAGCUGAAGUGAAUAUACUCAACAGAGACUCAAACGCAGCCAGAUUGGAUGGAGCUGAGAUAAGAGUGGGUAGGUAAUAAGUGUGGGAGAUGCUGUGAUCAGUUGCUUUACCUUGUUCAAAAGUGUUCCUUGUUGAUUUUGAAAUAUUUGAAUUAACUGAAAUUAUUUUCCAUUGGCUUUUAUGUUAAGAUUUCACAGAAGAAAAGUAUGUGAAAGUGACCACUGUGUUUUGUAAAAGUGUACAUGUAUUUAAUAUCAUUAGCAUUCAAUUGUAACGGCUUUGAUUGCCUCCUUCAGAGCCGGAUUUAAUCUUUUGAUCUUAUGUAUUUCCGCUAGGCUGAUAAUUUACACGUGAUUCCAAAAUAGUUAUAGUCUUACCUGAAACCGUGUUUUAGUUAGUUGGCCUUUGUCUUGCUACUGGACUCAUCAGGAGUAUCAGUCAAGUAAGAAGUAAGAAUACUGAAAGUUCUGGAGGAUCGGCAAGGCGGGACUGUUAUGUAAGUGAUUGUUACUCUCUUCUAAGGUUCAGUAAAUUUAAGUUUAAGAUUUUGUUUAGUAUUUUCGCUAGUUUUAACCGCAGUCUUGCAAAUUCAAGUUUUGUUCACGUUGCAUGGCUUGAUAAUAUGGUUUUGUGGAUUAUUGGUCAAUACUCUUACUGUCUAUCCAUUUAGCCUUUGUGGCGUAAUAUUUAGAUUUUGGAUUAUCGUGCGUCGUACUUCUGAUUUAGCUCACUAUGUAUCAGUGGAAUGAUUAGAAUGCUACUGCACCCGUAUUUCAGCACGCUCAUUGGCUGAGAGCACGUCAAUUUAUCCCAAAUAGUGCAGAAAGUUGAAGUUUUUUGUGUGCAAAUAGACUUGAGUUGAAAUUGAGUGCAGAAAGUUGAAAUUAAAUUGAAUGUCAGCUAAGGUGAGUUAAGGGUCUGUCAGUAGAAUAAUCGACAACUUCUUUAUGUAAUUUGUUUUUUUUCGGUAAAGAUGAAGAACGUACAAACAGACGUAAAUCACAAGCCAUGUAACCAUAAAGCCAUUCUGAUUUCAGCAGCUUCUUUCACGCGACAUUUUGAUCCACACACCAAGAAAGAAACCACAAGAAACAAAAGCCAUAUAACAAAUUGCAAAAUUCUUGACUGACAAUCAAACAUGAAAAAUGUCUUAAAACAAAAACACUAAGUUUUCUUUACAACUCCUUUUUUAUUUACAGUCAGAAAACUGUUUAAAAAAGCUUGUGUAUUUUCAACACGAGGCCAUACAUCGUCUCAAAUUUAUCUACCGAGUCAUGACCGUAAGAAAAUUAAAAUAGUUAUGCCCGCCGUUAAACGAGACAAAAAAAAAACAUGUAAUAACUCAAACUCACUUGGGAUGCAACUCCUGAAAGCUAGUAAGUGAGAUUUGCAUAGAAACGCUUUAGUUUUCUCUGUUACUCUGCUGUGAAAGCCUGCAUGAAAUUUCUUCUAAAAACAGCCAUCAAUCGAACCACAGUUGCGACGCUUUCCUCAACCAAAACCCAAAUAAACAAACCACAACAUUGCGGAUCCAGGGGGAGGGUUGAGUGGGUUGCAACCCCCUCUUUGGGAAGUUUUUUAAACUUGUCUGGUUACCCAUGUCUAUCCCUUUUUCAUACCAAUAAUAAUAUUAUAAGUUAUAUUUUAAGUUCCAGUCCAAUCGGUCAUUACAAGAAGACUGUUGCUAUUCCUCUUCUUGAAUUGACUCCUUAAUUAUCCAAAUGCAAGAUCGAUUUUGUGACGAAGAUCGCCACGCCCACCAUCUGCUUUGUCUCGUGCCAUCGAUUAUAGUAAAUACGUCACUGCACCUGGAUCGGAUAAAGUAAAAGGCGCACUGUUCUGGGAGAAAGACAUUCCAUUUCUGAAAUCCCUUGGAAAUGAGGUACGAAGAUGGAAAACACUCUGGCAGUCAACAGAUAGGGAGCUUCUAAACAACCUUUUAUUAGCACUUUACGAAUGUACAUUUCCAAACAUCUAUCACCUUCUGGUCGUUACCUGCCCCUAACGAUCACAAGCGGAGAAGCUGAGUUGUCGUUUUCACUGAUGAAAUGAAUCAAGACCUGCUCUAGGUCAACAAUGGAGCGAUUCUCUGAUCUCGCAGUGAUCGUCAUGCACUACUCCGAGAGAUUCGAGGUACGGUAGACGAGAAAUGCGAAGCCUUUGUAAAGGCUCAUCCAAGAACGCUCUGUCUCUGUCUCUGAAAACUGUCUGAUUUGACCUGUCCGAUUACCAGAAGCUUGUUAUCGGACAGGUCAAAUCGGACAGUUAAAGAACCAAUGAAAACCAAGUAGCAAAUGCCACAAGCCAUUUGACCACAUAGCACACGAUAACCAAUCAAAAUCAAUGAAAAAAUAGUGACCAGGUAAGCUGUCCAACUUCAAGUGGAAAAGAAAAAUGGAUGAAACUAACUGGUCCACUGACUUUUAUUCACAUUAAUAAAUAUUCCAAAACUGAGAUUGUCGCAUUUUGUUAUUGGCACAAUUAAUAGGGGAUAGGACUUCGUGUCAUACACCACUCAGUCCUAUUACCGUUAGUAAUGGUGCCUCAAAUUCCUCUGAAACAAAAUGAAGAAAAUCUACAUAUUCAAACAUAACCCUAAUCUUCCCCACCCUCCCCAAUUCGCAGCCUCCCCCCUCCCCCAUUCCUUGGCCCUGGGACGUUUGCCUUGAACUCUCGAUCAAACUUGCAACCCCCUCUUUGAAAAAAUUCUGGAUCCGCCCCUGUACAACAAAGGAAUCUUGUUAGCAGAUGUUUAUAUUUCCGUCGCGGCAGUGGAAAAACAUGGCGAAUUAAAGACGCAAAAUCAGCCAGAAUGACAAAAGGCUUUAGUUUUCUAUAAACAAAUUUCUAGCUGCUGCGUUUUUAUCCAUCAAUAUUCGCCUGUCAAAAUUUUGACCAAUCUUGGUCGAGAUUGUCACUUGUAGGCGGGAAGAGGAAACUAUGACAAACGCUCCGAGGUGACAUAUUAUUAACAACUAAUCACAUGAUUUUUCUCGUGCAAUUUGAGCUAAAACAGCACUCGUAAGUUUUUCAAAGACCACAAAUUGCACCCGCCCUGGGGGCUUGUGCAAUUUGGUUGGUCUUUGAAAAAUUUGCUUGUUCUGAUUUAUCCCAAAUUGUGGUCGAAAUCAUGCAAUUACCUAUACAUAUUGUUAUUGUUUCAGUUUACAAUGUGAUCUUGGAUUCGUGGAUGUUGUGAUAAAUUAAGAUUGAUUCAAGGAGAGCGUCCGUAAAGUACAUCCCCGUAAUCGUACGUAAUUUAUCGCGUCGAACCCGAACAAGUUGGUUCUUAAGGCUUUUCGGGCGCCGAUCCGUUACAAGCAGUUUCCUCCUACAUGGUUACGUUCAUGUAAAGUCAAAUUCCCACAGAUUCUAUUUGAGUGAGCCAAUACAUACAUAGGGCUCCUAUUGAUAACAGAUAUACUUUUAAGUAUUCUGAAGGGAUUACCCUAGUUAAAUAAAGGUUUACUACUACUACAUCAAUGUAAAGGUUUUGCAAGUGAGAUUGCAGCACUCCCCUGAUCUUGAAGUGAAUGCCAAGAUCGUUUCUUUGUUACCUUUUCAACUAUUAUUGUACAUAAAUUGUGUUCAAAUACUGCAGUUAAUGUUACCUCAUAUUUUCUUUUAUUCGCUUUGCAAGGAAAUAAAACAGCAAGUGGAGGAGCAGACAACAGUCUUUGUGCAAAUAAGAUACAAAUCCCAGCAGGAAGUUCCAAGACAUAUUCCUGUAGUCCCAAAGCAUAUGGCAGAUAUUUGUACAUCAGAUUGCCUAGCCGUAAAAUGUGGUUGACGCUCUGCGAGGUUGAAGUUUAUUCCUAUCUUAAAACAGAAAGUAAGAGCGCUUUUCGUUCCUCCUGUUUAUUUUAUAGGUAUGCAUGAUGCUUGUGUGUGUAUCUUUUGCCUUUUACUAAAAAAGUAAUCAGUUUUAAAAAUCGUUUUGUAUAGUUCACAUAUAAAACGUUUCUGUAUUUUUUUAAUCAAUCUGUUCAUUUUUCUUUUGUGGUGUUUGCCUAAUUUGAUACAGUUAUGUGAUAAAUUCUUCUUACCAAGGGAAUUCAGUUGGUAACAACAGUUUCAACAGUGUAAAAUAUUUUAAAUUUCCUUAAAUUUAACUUUACUAAGGUAAGGUGCAUUGUAUUUUUUGUUACUUUACAUCAUUCUUAAUAUUGUCCACGAUAAUCAGCCGGGAAAACCUUGAGAAAUAAGGGGGCGUCUUUUAGUGUAUACUGUAUUGUAUCUUAAGCAGAAUUCAGUGAAUAUGAAUUGAUUAAGUAUGAGGAAAUUCGUGCCCGAGUUCUUGGUGAGUUGACGACGUGUGCGAUCACCAAAUGACAUAAUACAAAAGACUGAAGAGACACGGACAAUACCCAAACCACAACAAGGUAGCUAACUUUCCGCCGCCGAUCAAGAGUUACGUCCUACUCGCUCAGUGUUCGCGCACUUUUUUGGUUUCGGCUCAACAUGGGUUUACUUUAAGUUCAGCUGAUUUGUUCAUUAGCUAGAUUUGACGGCGUCGAGAUUGGUCAGAGUAUUAGCUUUGGUUUGAAUUCAUACUACACUCAUUCUAAAACCGCGAAUAGGUUAAACUGGGCACCCUCACGUCACUGUAUAUGAAGGAACAGCGGUCGAUCUGAAGCGAGUAUUUUUUGAGCUUGUAAAAUGAAGUGUAUGAAUGGAUGAUUAAGUGGUCAGGAGCCAAGAUGGACGUUAAAUUUUAAGCUCACACUUCUUACCUUAAUAAGUCGUUUUUCCACAGUCCUUUUAUGGAUAGUUUUCACUGAAAUUAUGCCAAACGAGACAGUUUCUUCACUGAAGCAACAAAAUCAAGAUAUAAAGGAUAAAGUCGACGCUCUUUCGAAGGAAAUAGCACAGCUGAAAGAGUAAGUUCAUGUCGACUGGGCCAUUACCUCUGGUGCUGAAGUAACCGCUACCUUUGGAAAUAGCAGCCAUAAUGCUUCGAAUGAUGAAACCGUGUCUCGUAGUCUACAAUAUCGGAGCGACGAAUACGACGACCUGUCGGCCUCUAAUUCUGAUGCCGUUAAUCAGCUCAAGGCAUUACGCCUUAAUCAGCGCAACGGUGAAGUUACACGUGUUGGCAACCUCAUUGACGAGGUUGAGGAAUAGAGCUACCAACACAAUAAUUGGCCUGCCAGAGAAAAGCAGUGAAACCGCAUCUGAAACAGGCGCCCUGUGCGUAAAAUUAUUCCAGGAGUUGGGGAGAGAAGUGUUUCUGUCGGACAUUGCUCAUCGCGCCCCCGCGAGGCAGCAAAAUGGCGCCCCGAAACCCACCAUCUGCAAAUUCGUGAGACACCUCGCAAAAGUAAGUGCCUCUCAAGUCAACCCAUCAAACAUCGAUCUGUCUGCUGAUAGUGUUCUCGAUAGACUCAAAAUCUUCGAUCACCUCACCCCCUAAAAACAAAACCUGUUGUUCGAAGCGAAGAGAUUUAAAGAACAGAACCAAUACCGCUUCUUUUGGGCCAAGAAUUCCACUAUUUAUUUACGGGAAGAAUGAGGGUUCCCGACAAGAUAAAGGAAAUUGGUAGUCUACGGCGAUUUGCUUCGGAGACCUGACAUUAUGAAUUUAAAGUCUUGUGAUUAAGCCCCUUUUCCUGUUUUUAUCAUGAAUUGUCAGUUCAGUAAUAACUAAGAUUAUAAACCUUUCAAUGGAACCUGGAAUACUUUCUACUGAUUUGAAAGUGGCUAGUGUCAAACUAUGGCACUGCUAAAGAAGAAAUCUAUGAGCUCUGGUAAAUUCAAGAAUUUUAUUGGAAGUUGGGUUUUCUGUCUAAAGUAGUCGAGAAAUGUGUUGCCAAGCAGGUUACUGAUUAUUUAGAUGCCAAUGGUCUCAAUGUCUUAUAUCAAUCAGCGUUCAGGAAACUUCACAGCACUGAGACGGUCUUAAUCCGUGUCCAUAAUGAUAUCGCAAUUGCCUUAGAUCAGAAAAGAUCAGUGAUUUUGCUGCUCCUUGAUCUUUCCGCGGUAUUUGAGACUUUGGAUCACUCUAUCUUACUUUCACGCCUUUCUCGUCGAUUGGAAUUGGUGGUACGGCAUUGGAAUGGUUUCGAUUGUAUUUGCAUGUAUUUGAUGACUUACAGAAAAGUAGGCGCCAAAGGUAACUGGAAUUUUUGACGACAAUCAUGAGUUAACCCCUUCGAAAAAAUGCAGAUUUUUCGACCAUAGUAAAAUGACACUUUUAUCGUCUAAAAAGACUCAUUUUGAGAAAACAACAUCAUCAGACAACAAAUUAAGCCUAGGUCUCUUUUGCGAAAAAAAAAAUGCUCGAAAGAAAUUUGGAAUAUUUGACCAGAAUCAUUUGUUAACCUCUUUGGAAAAAUGCAAAUUUUUCGACGAUAGUAACGUGAAAGGUGUUGGCUUGCAUAUUAAAGAUUCUCUGAAAUAUAAGACGUAUCUGAUGAAGCCUUCCAGUCACUUUGGAUCGAAAUCGAAACGUCUGUAUGAAGCCAAAAAUUGACAAUAGAUUACAAACGAGAAGUGGAUGUACUCGGCGUAGUUCAAUAUGGAAGCCAUUAUACUUUCAUCCCUUUCAUACUUUUCUUAUGUUGUUGUUGUUGUUGUUGUUGUUUUUUUUAAUAAAACAGGAAGGAACCCCAGAUCAAAGCAAUAACAUUGUUCGUUGAGCCUAUACCUUCUACGUUAAGAAUAAUAACACGAUAAUAAUUCUUCCUCCUUUUUUUCAUAAACUUAGGUUGUGUACUUUUAUAUCUAUAUAAAUAUAUAUAUAUUUUUUUUUAGGUUGUGUAUUUGAUCCAGUAGGAGUGUCGGAUAGUAGCGUUAUUUCUAAUCAGAGGUUUUCAGCUUCGUCAUCUCUUAGCGGCCGCAAUCCAUCUGAUGGCCGAUUAAAAGGAACCAAUGCCUGGAUUCCUGCCACAAACAAUGAUAACAAUGAUUUCCUGCAGAUCGAUCUGGGAUCUCUUUACUUUGUUUGUGGAGUAGCAACACAAGGAAAUCCAAAUAAUGAUCAAUGGACAAAAACAUACAAGAUAAAGACGUCCCUGGAUAAUGACGUGUGGACAUUCUACUCUGAGGGUGGUUCCGAAAAGGUACAUCCUUUUUCGUCCUAGGUGAAGUAAUAGCGAAAUUAUAAUCGUGGAGACACUAAGUAAUAAAGGAUUAUGUUUACCUCUUAGCCUUGAGAAAACAGGAUUUCACAUGCCGAAGUUGCUUUCGUCCCCUUUCUCUCCCUUCCAUUCGCUUUCCUCUCUCUUCUCCCAUCUUCACCGUCUUUAGUUUCCUCCUUCUUUUCUUCCUGCCUCCUUCGGGCUUGCUUUCUUUUUCCCCUCAUUGCUACAACCUUCCUUCCUUGGUCUCUUGGUGUUUAUAUAGGAAACGUUAGGGAGAUAAGUAAUAAAAUGUGAAAGGAGCUGACGAAGGCUUGAUUUUCCUUUUAACAUCCUUUGCCUUUUGUUCUGCCAACGGGAGUCAUCGUCAAUGUAGCUGCAAUCCUCAGAAAUAUCGUUUGUUCAUAUGUUUUUUUUCUCCCGUUAAUCGUAAGCGGAUAGGGUGAGACUCAGUGGCGGAUCCAGGGUAGGGUCGGGGGGGCUGCCCCCCCCCCCUUAUUUUUAGACCAAACUGAGGCCCAAGGGGCCGAAAAAAUUUUUUUUUGAGGCCGGGGUCCCCCAUAUUGUAAGGUCUGGAUCCGCCACUGAGACUAAGGCUACGUUAAAAAGGAACCAAACGAAUUUUUGACCGGUUCAAAAAUUUGGCCGGACACGGAACCGUUCAAUAUUUUCGCUUUCUGGACACGGAACUCACGAAGCAGUUUGAGAAUUUUAAUUAUUCUCAGUUGUUUUUCCAUCUACCCAUGCGCAGAACAUUCCUUCAUCUGAAAUUCAGUAUGGCGUCUCCUAGCUGAGUUAACACGCAUCAAUGCAACCACGCCCUUGCUACACAAAAAUUUAGAAGGUUAAAGGUGUUCACACUUAAACGGACGAUAUUGUCUUUCAUCAGCAUUUUAUAGAAAUUUUUGUUUAUUUGCUUUUAGGUAUUUACUGGAAAUGAUGACAAGAACAGCAUUGUAAGAAGUGAACUAUAUGAGCCACUUGCUGCCAAGUUUAUUCGUUUUUAUCCAGUUACAUUUCACAGCAGCAAAGCAUUAAGGGUGGAGGUGUAUGGAUCUAAGCAAGGUUGGUCUCUUAGUACUUAUCCAAUACAUGCAGUUCAAAAGACAACCACAGCAUUAAAAAAUGCACUUUUUCUGAGUGUCAAUGUAUUUAACACGAAAGUACAAAUAAGGGACACUUUUUUUUACGGGACCGCCAUUUUACGUGCUCAUCCGACCCAAGGGAAGGUCUACCCGUUUGCAGGGUAAAAGCAGUACCUUCAUUUCUCAGUUAUUUUAAGACCUUGAGUAUUGGUCCGGCGCCGGGAAUCGAACCCGGGACCUUCCUCAAUGCAGUCGAACGCUCUACCGACUUAGCUAACCCUGCCGCUAAAUUCUGGUUUGUACAUAAGAUGCAAGGAAACUGACUUACCACUUGGUUCAGUGCUCAGUUUUAAUAGGGAGCUUAAGCAUGCAACCAUGACGGCGACGGCAUCAAAAACCUCACUUAAAGCAUCGGGGCUCUUUCAGACUUCAUCGCUUUUGUUUCAUCACGCUAAAUUUGUCAAAUGUUAGAGAAUUUUUCACGAGUUGAGUUCUGAAGGUCUGCAUCUCAGUUUUAAAAAAAGAAAAGGAAAGUCGUUGUCUUGCGUUCACAUUCUCCUUUAAACGUGAAAUUAAGGAGUUUCACUUCGUAGUCGUGCAGUGACGGCAAAGAAAUGUAGAAAAAAUACCUAAUGCAUGUGCAAAGUUGUUGUUUUACUUAUCUAAGGGCCCGUCUACACGUAUAUUCGUUUCUGUUUGAAAACAGAUUUUUUUUUUCUCCGGUUCAGCCUGCUUUCGCACUCACUAAUGCAGUAAAAACGGUCAACGAAAAGGCACCUUUUCAAUAACGCUCUCCAGAGUGGAGAUUUUUGAAAACGUACUCGGGUUUUCUUUUACGUGUGGACGGACGAAAACGGUUUCGAAUUCGGAAUACGAUGAUGUCAUACAUCAUAUAUUCCUAGCAUAACUCAUGCUCAAUAAUGAAGCUAUUGUAUUUCCAUCGUUUUAGCGUUUUCGUGUGGACGGGCGACUACGAUUCUAUGCUACGUUGGUUGCCUAUUUGCUUGAAAACGGAUGUAAAAUCUCCGUAAUAUCAAAAUAUCCGGAUACAUGUAGACAGGGCAAAACCUAUUGCCUUUUUGCCAUUGUCGUCGUUGCCUAGGCUUCCUAAUUACUGCCUGACCAAUCUUUGUACUUCUAUGCUUAUUUCACGUUUUCUUGUUUCCUCUCUGUUUACUUUUCUCCUUUACUUUCGAAAAAGGGUGCUUUUAAUAAUUGGAUUAACUAUAUUGAUUUUGUCCCUCCUCGUUUGUUUCCUUCUUUGUCAUUGUCACUAAUACGGAACGGAUGGAAAUUUAAAAAAGAGUUCAAAAACUGAUUAAUAAUUCAUAAAGAAAAAACAAAAGAAAUUUUAAAAGUUUAAUGAGUGACUUAACGGGGGCACCCAAUGACUGUUUUCUGUGGAAUAUCUGUUCUGAAAAGCAAAAAUUGCUCAGGAAUUUUUUAGGUCACCGUUCCAUUCGUGUACAAUUUUCGAAGCUUAUCUGAGAAAUUCCCUACGAUUUUCUAAAGUUAAGUUUUUCCAUUUCACUCCCCAGGUUAAGUCAUUUUUUAAUAGAAAGGAACGUUAAACCUAAAAUUUUUGGAACCAAAAAUGCGGUGCAGGGAAAAAUUCUCACUUUCGUAAAUCUCUAAAUUGCAGCUAAUGUGUUCGGAAAAAUAAUACUGAAGCCCUUGUAAUUUCGAAAAGACUCAAGUUGCCCUAGGAUGACCGAACAAAUAAAAAUUUUUAGCGCUACUUACAAUACAUUUCUAGAGAUCUAAAAGUACUCUGGAUAGCCUAAAAAGCGUUUCAAUGCAUUUAGGAGGAAACCGUCGUUGGGUGCCCCUCUCUUUAUACCUGAUAAAGACACGGCUAAACUUUACGUCCAAUUUUUUAGACCUAAAUAACGCCAAAGCUAAAUAUUAGUGCAAGAAUGAGUUGAUCUAUAUCAGAGAUUUUGAAGUCGUUCAAAAACUCGCAGUCUGUAUUAUCAGGUUUAAAACCUGAUAAUCGAAACUGCUCGUUUUUUAAACAGUACAUAAAAAUUCUUAAUAAAAAUGCCAUAUAUUUCUUGAUGUUUUUACAGGUUGCUUUGAAUCGUUUAAGAAUGAAAGAUUUCAACCGACCAGGGAUUUUACAAUUACAGCAUCCUCAGAAUAUAGGAGUUAUAAAGCUGAUUUUAGUCGCCUUUAUGGUACUCACGGUUGGUGCAGCUCUUCAGCAUCCCUACCUCAGUACUUACAGGCUGAUUUCAAUCAAAUUGUAACAGUCACAGGCGUGGCUACUCAGGGAGAUGCUAUAGAGGAAAACUGGGUGACAAAUUAUUUAAUCCGCUAUGGAUACGAUGGUAAAACAUGGAUUAGUUACGAAACUGGACAGGUAAAUUUGUACCAUGGAUUCAUAUAUCUGUCUGGAUUUGCUUGAAGGGACCUCAACGAGUUUUUCCCAGACAUUCUUAUUUGGGGCUUGUCUCCUUUACGUUUUUUCUUCGUUAUAACAUUCUGAAUGCACAAAUCCUCAUCGGUGUAAAAACCUGUGAAACUCACGAGUGACGUAAAACAAUGAAUACAAAGAAGCCACUGAGAAGUCAACACAGUAGAGCCAAGAAAAAUAAUAGCCAGAAAACGAACAACUUCACAGGUUUUUACAGCGAGGUAAACCCUAAAAUCAUGUGUUUAUAAUGCUGUUUACAUCUUUUUUCAACCCCCUCCCCCACUCCCCCUGACCCUACCAGGACCACCACUACCUGCGAUCAUUUUCCAUAAUUCUUAUGUUCGUGUGAAAAAAACAAUCCCUGACUUGAAAUCAGCGCGGGCGAUAGAAGUUGUUUUUUUGUGGUCGGUUAAAUUUCUAGAGUUCGUUUUGGCUACCUGGAGCAAAGUUUUCCGGAGAGACAUUAUUAAGCCUUAUGAAAGAACGAGUUUCACGAUUGGCAAUCGUCCAGUUGCCGUCGUCCAGUCUGUUACCGUAUUUCGUCUUAUUUUGCUACACGGGUGAGACACUGACCUCGGGCAGUGAGAAAGAAAAGUAUCAUAUUGCAAUUGCGAGCUUUGUUACAAGCGGUGGCGAAUCUUUGGCCUCAAAACGUAGGUUGUAGGAGUCGAACAAUGUACCCAUUUUUCAAUUUUACAGUUAUGGAUGGAAGCGAGGGUGACGGUGACCUUGUUUUGAUACAAACCUUUCCGCUUUAUUAUGUAAAUCAAGUUAUUCUUAUGCUAACUAGUAUUUUUCAAGGACAAUUUCCAUAACAAAGCAAAGGGGGUUUGUAUCAAAACAAGGUCACCGUCAGCCUCACAUUCACUCGAAGGCCAGGUUACUAAGUUCACAACUGUAAAAUGGUCUAUUUGUAGUCCGAUAUUGUCCGAUUACAGCUUGUAAUUUGAAGCUCCGCAAUGAAUCUAUUUGUACAGUAACUGUCUGUGACUAUCUAACGUACUAAAUAUUCAAAGGAAUGCAGAUUUAUUCACAUCUAUAGCUUAAAACUUUCAAGUAGACUUUAAGUGAGUAAGACAAAAUCACACAACCUUUUAACUAAUGAAUGUUUAAAUCUUACGUUUUGUCGGACAUAAUGUCAGUAGACAGAUAAAACAGAGAAGAUUAUUAUUUUGAAGCUGAAGAUUUACUCAUUGCUUAAUGUAUCCCUGACAACUUUGCUUGUUUGUUCGGUAAUUACCGGAAUUUGGAGGAAGGGGCCCCUGAACGGACAUUUGCAACCCCGCUUAGGCUGACUCGUCCACAGUCACGAGAAGCGUGAACGAAGGGAGCGCGAGGGGUGAUGGGAAGGAGAAAAAUUUCUCCUUCCCAUCACCUCUAGCGUUCCCCUUCAGCCGAUUUGGGAAUAUACCGCACAGAAUGUAGUCUCCUGUAAAUAAAAUUAUUUGUAUAUCUCCACUUACUUUGUUCUUGAUCUACCACUCAGCAUUUGACUGGAAACAGCGACAGAAGUACCAUUGUUGUCCACUGGUUUGCUUCCCCGUUUGCAGCGCAAUAUGUCAGAAUAUUUCCCAAAACACAUACUGGUGCAAUAUGUAUGAGGAUGGACUUGUUUGGCUGUAAGGAUUGUAAGUAUAAUUUCUUAGAGGAGGAUUUGUAAAAAUUUGAAUUCGUGGGAUACAUGUGCUGCCGUAUACAGCCAAUAAUUAAUAGUAAUAAUAAUUAAAAAAUUAUAACGCGCCUUUUCCAUGCAAAUAUGAUCAAAAGUGCGUUACAAUCCCCUGAAUGUUAAAAAAGAAAAUAAAAGCUCAAAUGUACAUAGCAAUUUAAGGUAAAAAGUAAAUUAAGCGUAAAAAUUUGAAUAAUCAAACGAGCUUAAUCUUGUCAAUCUUAGUAUAGCACGCAGCCGUUUUUGUCUCGUCACACAUCUCACGUCACCCCAUCUUGCUUCCUCGGUUAGCCAAUGAGAACAAGGAAUGUGCCUCAUCUUGCCCGCUAGCCGCAUAAUAAUUACUUUAGUGCUAUUUGGUAUGAUGCAGCACUUUCUAGCCUGCGCAAAGGAGAUGGGAUUGAGACAUUAACUGGCAGGCUAACUGCUGUCGUCGAAAACGGCGGAAUCUGCAUUUAAGAGUGAAGUUUGUAUCGUAAUGCAAACUUUUUUGCCAGUAGACAGUAGUUGUAUAGGUUGUCCCACAACUUCCGAGUUCAAUUUGCUAUUUAUUUGCACGAUUGUAUUUUUCAAAAAAGUAUCAAACGGGCAAAAAUUCACUGGAUCAAAAUUCGUCCACAAAACAUCCCCACAAUGCAAUUCGAUCGACACAACACCUGAACUCAGUCUCACGGGCAACCUCAAAGUGGCCAAUAAAGAUUUGGGGCACCUGAUUGGUUAUUAAACAAUUCUAUUGUUUUUUUGCUAAUCACAAUGCUUCAUGCUUCAUUCGUUGAUAAUUGAAUUAUAUUUCCUCGUUUUUGCACUUUGUUUACCUAUGGGCUGUUCACAGUCCCCUAUUUUUCCGCAAGUUCAUCGAGAUCGACCGCUUUGCAUUACGGCCGGCCAUAUAUCUUGGAUUUGUAUCAAAUCUACUUUCUGUCCUCCCCCACCCCCCCACCCCCCGUAGACAUAAACCCCAGAUGCUAUAAACCCCGGCUCGAUCUUGAAAAUGCAUUAUUACUCUCAGCCAAUCAGAUUCAAUAAACCUAAUGGAGUGUAACAUUGAGAUAUUUUAUUUGAUAAGUUUGCCUAAGUUAUUUCUUGUCGUCUAUACAUUGAUUAUUCGCUUGUCUUUUUCAGUCCAAGUUUCGUUACCGUUAAACAUUGGUCUCGAUGAUGUUCGUUUGAUAGCCGACCCUUCUGAAUCUGUCACCUUGACCUGUGUGUCUAGUUACAGCCCUCGACAACCCUCUCGGUAUAGUUGGAGCAGAGAUGGAAUGGGGCUGUCUGGCACAACCUCCUCUCUUACCAUACCAUACAACAAUGCCAGUAAUAUCUACAAUCACUUUUGUGCAAGAAAACUCCCUUCAGCCAGUGGAGUCCAGUGUAAUUCAACCUACCAAUGCUCUGCAUCACUUUCUGGAAUACAAGGCAGUUAUCUGACCACUGCAAAUGUUAUAGUGUCCUUAAGUAAGCAACAAUUUGUGCGUACCUUGGAACGCCUUUUUGCUCGUUAUUGUGAAUGUGAAAAUUAAUUUAAUAUACGGGAUCACGCAGUUUUCAAUAACUAACAUAAUUUAAGUCCUUUAUAAGGAUACGAAAAUAUUGCAUUCUAACAAUACAUGACUGUAAACGGUAUUAGAUGAACAAGGAAGUACUUUCUAAAAAUACCUCAAACUUUAACGUAUUGCAAGUGGGUAACGUAUUUUUAAUGCGUUUGUUUAUUCGUUGAUUUUGUCACUUGUUCAACCGUUUAAUUGCUGGGUAUUACAUAAACUUAUAAAUAAGGCUCAUUAUGAGGCACAUUUUUGUUGUUUUCAGAGAAACCAGGCCAGCCAGUUGUUCAAGUUAAUCCAAGUGACCUUAAAGCAAGAUCAGCAUUAGUCACAUGGUCGUAUAAUCCUGGAGCGGAUGAGAUGCGUGUAACUGCCUACAAUCUUGAGUAUCGAAAUAGUACUUCUACACUUGAUAUACAUUUGGGACUUGUAUUAAGUAAACGGAUUUUCAACCUCAGGCCAUACACAGCCUACAGUGUUAGGGUGUUAGCCGACAGUGUCUUAGGAAAGAGUCUGUGGAGUAAUUUCCAGAAUUUCACAACAAAAACUGCCAGUAAGUGAUGAUGCAAAUUAGAUGCAGUGCUAAUAGAGGAUAUUACAUGGCCGCGCGGAGAUACGAAAUUUCUCUUCGAGUGUUGAAAAAAUAUUUUUUCAACACGAGUAGAGAAAUUUCGUUUCUCCAAGCGGCCAUGUAAUGUUCUAUUUAUUAUAUAAACACCAAUGAAAUACCAAACCAUUUCACUUUAACAGUUUUUUGGUGUGAAAGGCGCGAUUUAUCAUGUAGCCAUAGCAAAGGUGAUAUUAUCACUGUGCGAAGAUAACAUGUUACUUUCACAUGUGAAGAUAGCAAGUUUUCGCGCGAAAGCUCACCUGGUAUUUCAUUUGUGUUUAUAUAAUAGAGAAUGAUAAUUUAUAUAAUCCGUUAUUUUUCCAAAAUAUUGACCACUACAUCGUUGUGGCGGUCCCACUCAGUCGGGUAAGAAAUAUUGACUACUGCUAAACAUAUAAUCGAUAUUUUCAGUUUUUAUUUUCACUAAAAUCUGAAGAACUGUGACAGAUGAUCAUAAAGGUGUGUAAGCAAACUGAUUCAUUGAUUUUUCAUGUAAUAAUCAGGCGUCCGGUCAUAGGGCAGAGCUAUUCUGAUUGAGUAUCAAUCAAUCUAAACUUUACUUGUUACUUUCCCUUUUUAGAGCCUGAAGUCGAUGUCCAGAUCGUGAGUGUAACAAGUCCUACGUCGCAGUCAAUUCUUGUGAAAUGGCAGGUAAACAUCAGAUUUAUUUUAACAAAACCUACUUCCAUGCUUCUCCAAAGACUAUCACCCAGUCGCUAUUGAGGUGUGCGGAUCUUUCCCUCGCCCUCCCCCCUCCCCCCCUCCGACGCCUCAAUCCUCUCUUACCCUAAAACUCAUAAAUGGCGACUGUGUACGAGUCAGAUUUCCUCAUUGUAGAAAGAAAAAACUGUGUAACCACUGCAUCUUCUGUGUAAACACUGCCAUCGUUGUUCAUUUAAUAUGUUCACGACUUUGUGUAAGCAAAGGAAAGAAAGUGACGGCUUGAGAUAAUUGUCUGCAUCAAUCCCGCAAAUGUAUCAUUUUCAGAUCUUAAAGUUUAAUGGCGUUCACUGUGAAAAGGUUUGAAAAUAAACAUAAAUAAUGGGGAGGAGACUGGUUAUUUAAGCCGCGAACAUCACUGGAAAGACAAAAAUAACUCUGCGGCUGUUUAUGAAGGGAGGUCCGUGACAGUUCACAAUCCUUAAUUGUUUUUUGUUCUCAUGAAUUAUGAAUGAAUGAACUAAUCCCGAUUUGAUAGAAAUGAUAUUGAAUUAUGCACCGUCAAGCCCCCAAAAAGCUAACAAAAACAUACAUAUAAAAAAAACCUUUGACAGGCUUGAUUGACUACGGUAUAAAGUAUAUAAAGUAUGUUUGCAAUAGCUGUGGAUUCACAAGUAUGUCAAAAAGAACGAAGAAGGACCAAUACACUGAAUACAAAAAACAAUAACAGCAACAAUUGCACGGAGGAGGGUUUCCUUGCUGGAUAUUUACCAUAAUCUGCGGCGGUCUCCAAAUUCUGGUCUCGCAGUUAUGACAGUUGUAGUGACUUGCAAGCAAAUGUUAGAAGAUAACCACGGGUAUGUCCGUAUGAGCAUGCAAGGUUUAACUAGGAGGAAGAGAAAUUAUUUAACGAUGUAUUACUUGAACACUAAUUCAGUCAUGUUCAUAUCCAAGAUACCAAGCACCAAAAAUUUAAACGGACCCCUUAGAGGGUACAGCAUUGAAUACAAGGAAGAAGGGAAACCUUCAUGGACAACAGUCAAUGUCAGUGACUCAUCAACCGAUAAGACCUUACAGAAGCUGACGAAAUGGACUGUAUAUUUCAUUAGAAUCGCAGUCAGUAAUGGCGACUUUCUUGGUCCACCGGGUCCUGAAAAGCAAGUUCGGACGCUAGAAGAUGGUUUGUAUACUCCUUAA